UUGAGGAAUGGUAAACAGGUUUUGAACAAGGUUUUCUAACAGUUCUGAAUUUAUUUAUUUUCACAACUUUUCGUGGAUGCGCAAUGAAACGCCAAACUUUGAUAUCAUAUAUACAUUUUCACUAUUUCAAACCAAGUUUCUUGUGACUAUGGCACAACAAUAGCAAAGGUUUAUUUAUUUAUUUCUUCCGGAAAUACGUAUCACUGUCGUGUGGAUAUAGCCAAAUCCUUAACGUCAGAAAGAAAUGGGGAUUUUAAAGUUGGCAGACUUGAUUCGCUCCGAAGCACCUGAUGCGAUUACGCAUAAGGACAUCAGCGAUUACACAGGCAAGGUCAUCGCCGUGGACACUUCAAUCAUUCUCAACCAGUUUCGAGCGGCUGUACCUGGUCUCGAGCAGCUAGGUCCCUUAGCAGGUCUGUUCUUCCGGACUCUAACCUUCCUGGAACAUGACAUCAAGCCCGUGUUUGUGUUUGACGGAGUUCCCCCAGCAGAGAAGAGAGCUGUGCUGGAGAGGAGGGCCCAGGCUGCAGGGUGGAGCUUCCCCAAUCGCUCCGGCUCAGCCUCCAGUCAGACUCGCGACUGUCUCCAGCUGCUGCAGCUCAUGGGGGUUCCCAUCAUCCAGGCUCCGGGGGAGGGAGAGGCUCUGUGUGCCAGGCUGGUGCAGGGGGGUGUUGUGGACGCCGUGGCGUCAGAGGACAUGGACACGCUGGCCUUCGGAGGAACAGUCCUGAUCCGCCAGCUCAGCGCCAAGAAAAACGGUGAGGUGGUGGAGUUCUCCCUGGAGAAACUGCUGGCCAGACUGAGCCUCUCCCAGAAGGAGUUUGUGGACCUGUGUAUCCUGCUGGGCUGUGACUACUGUGAGAAGAUAACAGGCCUGGGUCCUAAGAGAGCCCUGUCUCUGAUACAGACCCACCGCUCCAUAGAGAACUUGGUUCAGCACAUCAACAGGAAGACCCAUCCAGUGCCCAUGGCGUGGGGUUACCAGGAUGCUAGGAAGCUGUUCCUCCUAGCCCCCCAGACAGAGGCCCCUGGCCUGGCCUGGACCAAGCCUGAUGAGGAGGCGCUGGUCCAGUUCCUGUGCCACCAGAAACACAUCAAGGAGCACAGAGUGCGUGGUCGGCUGGAGAGGUUUCGUCAGACGAGGGAGAGGAGGAGGAGAGAGAGGGAGCAGGAGGAAGCCUCUGGCCAGAGCAGACAGACUCGCAUGGAGGACUUCUUCCGCGUAACCAGGAAGCGAAAGCAGCCUGCUGAGGCUGGGCAUCCUGCCAGCAGCACAGUAAAGAGGCCCAGGACUAAGUGAUGCUGCCCCCUAGUGGAGGGGGGUUGGUACUGCGGGAUGAAAAUGGGAACUUGUUUACAAGAUUCUGAGAUCCGGGCUGUGGUGUGGAUGAUCACCAGAUCUAUAAAUCACCUAUGCUGCCAGGAAUCCUGGCAUCAGCCUGUCCUGAAUACUGGAAGAUCAGUGCCUCUUGUCUGUGCUGUCGUGAGGCAGGAAGAGAGGCGAGGCGGAGGGAGGGGGGAAGGAGGAAGGAGAGAGGGGUCUGGAGGACAGAGAGAAGACUGUUCCUUCACUCAGCCUAGCUCAUCCAACGCUGGCCUGCCUCCUUUCCAACCCAGCCGAUACAGCAAUACAGACCCCCCCCCCCUCCUGCCUUCCUUCCCUUGCUAAUACAGCAACACCGCCCCCCCUGCCCCCCCCUGCCCCCAGCCAACACAAGGCUGUCUCUCAUCACGCCCCUGUCAGCGGACACCUGCACAGACAGCUGUGCCUAACCCCAGACUUGAACACCACUUGCAUCUUAAAACAUGACCACACAAUGGUCUGUGUCACUCCAAAUCUCUGCCCUGGAGAGAUUGUUUCUCCUUAAUAACAUGUUCUGUUUUUUUACAGAACGGUAUUUGUAUGGUAAAAUACGAAUAAAA